AAAAGAAACCGUAGAAGAAGAAGAGUAUCACACGAAGAAGAAAAAAAAACAAGCAUGGCAGGAAGUAUCAGCAACAAGAGUUCUUUAACUAAACUACAGGCUUUAAAUGGACUGUUUGCGGUAUAUAAAAAACAAGGGCCGACCUCUGCAGACGUGCUGAAUUCUCUCAAAGAAGUUUUACUCAGGGAGGCUGGUGUCGAAAACCCAAACCCACGGAAGAGGAAGAAGCAGAGCAUGAAGAUGGGGCAUGGGGGGACGCUGGACAGCAAUGCCAGUGGGGUUCUGGUGGUUGGUGUUGGGAACGGCACAAAGAUGCUCAGCACAAUGCUGGCUGGCUCUAAGAAAUAUGUAGCUGUGGGGGAACUGGGGAAAGCUACAGACACUCUUGAUGCCACUGGCAGUGUGGUACUGGAGAAAGACUUUGAACACGUGACCAGGUUGGAAGUGGAAGAGAAACUGAAGACGUUCACUGGUGACAUCAUGCAAAUUCCUCCUCUCUACUCCGCCCUGAAGAAGGACGGCCAGCGUCUGUCUGUCCUGCUGAAGAAGGGUCACAAGGUGGAGGCCAAACCAGCCCGACCAGUCACUGUGUACAACCUGACCCUGCAGGAGUUCAAGCCCCCCCUCUUCACCCUGGAUAUUGAGUGUGGUGGUGGAUUUUACGUCAGAAGUUUGGUGGAUGACCUGGGAAAAGCUCUGUCAUCAUGUGCUCAUGUGAAGGAACUAAUACGGACCAAGCAGGGUCAGUUCACCCUGGAGGAGCACGCCCUGCAGGAGGAGCAGUGGACCCUGGAACACAUCCUGCGAGCCCUGCAGCCCUGCCCCGAGGCCGACAGCUGAGCAGCAGGGAGGAGCUGGGCUGUCUGAUUCAUGCUCAGGGCCUGUGUCCAAAAAGGAGGUGGCUGGACAAUAAGGAGAGCCUCCCCCCGGCGUUCCAUCCCCCCCAAAAAAAUCACAGUGUUUUCUUUUUAUUGUUAAUUACUACGGGUGUGCUACAAUAUAUUUGUUUUUUCACCCUGUACAUCCACCAGAAGACUCUUGCUCACACAAAAACACGCUUCUACGAUUUGUAGUGUGAUGUCAUCGGCAUGCCCACUAGCCUCAUUGGAAAAACUGAAAAAAGACAAACCAAAACAGUGCUUUGUAGACACAGGCCCAAAUUAAUGGCUCACCUGCCCUGCUUUCCACUGAAGAGAACUUUUGUUUAAACCUGUCAUAAAGACACGGCUGUGACUUCGCAGGAGUGUCUGCUGCAAAUCUGGAAAAAAACUUUGCGAAACCUGAAUGAUGGAAUGAUGUUUAUCUUUGCUGGUGAGCAGGUGGCACCCGUAUGGAAGCCUCUGCCCCUGAGAACAUGGGAAUGCUGACUUUGAAUGAAAGUGCUGUAUAAUUACAGACUGUUUAGGACUUCAUAACCAGUUGUUUUCGAACUUAAUGGAGUCAGAAAGGAACAACCCAGUGUAACUCCUCUCGGUAUAAUCCUUUGUGUCUCUUAAUGACAGCUAUUCACAUUUUAGUUGGUGCUAUGAUUCUGCCUUUGGUAACAGCUCCGGCCUCCGUCUCUCACUUAUAACCCAACUUGUAUUACGAAGCUGCAUGAUGGAAACAUUUAGUAUUAAUACAUUCCAUAAUUUACAUUGUGUUCACAGGGAAACAACAAUCUACAUACUGUGGGAAGGUUGCUUGACACACCAAAGUUUUCAAUUUUCAAGACUUUAAUGUCCAAUGUAAAACAGGCUUGCAGUGUAAAGAACUGGAGAAAGGCCUUUCACACUGGAGGAUUUAAGAUUUAUGCUGAACAGAUUUAAAUAUUAACCUAUUAUUGUCCAUUCCCUUUACCGUUGUGUGGGAUCAGCUUUAUUUAUAUUUUGAUCUGAUAGGGUAUUCAGUUACUAAAAGGAGUGUUGUGAUCACAAUAUUUCCAUUGUGGUGGCCUUUAAUGAAACACCUAUUGGCUUUUCUUUAGCACUACUGGAGAUUACACUUCAAGUGCUUAUGCCUGCUCUUAGCUCUAAACACAGCUCGUGAAUUAAUUGUCAUGCCAAUAAAAAAUAUUUCUGUUCUUCCCAACCAUU